AUGGAGGUAAAUGGGAUUAUGCAAAUGAUCACUGGAGUUUUCUAUGUUCCAGAGUUAAAGAAUAACCUACUGAGCAUUGGUCAGCUACAAGAAAAGGGCCUUGCUGUGCACAUGAAACAAGGAAAAUGCAAGAUCUUUCAUCCUGAGAAAGGCCUAAUCAUGGAGACUGAGAUGUCGUGCAAUCGAAUGUUCACUAUACUCGCACGAUGUUCACCAAAGGAGCAAAGGUGUUUUUCGUCUAUGACUACUGACCAAUCUCAAUUGUGGCAUUGUCGAUACGGACAUCUCAGUUGGAAUGGUCUCAAAGUUCUCCAAGAAAAAAAGAUGGUUAAGGGGCUGCCUCAGUUCAAAGCUCCAGUAAAUGUAUGUGAAAACUGUUUGGUAGGAAGACAAGCUCGAGACCCAUUUCCAAAAGAAAGCACAUGGAGGGCUUCUGAAACUCUUCAAUUGGUGCAUGCAGACAUAUGUGGACCAAUAAAUCCCAUCUCAUCCAACAAGAAAAGGUAUUUCAUCACCUUCAUCGAUGAUUUUAGUAGAAAAACUUGGGGAUAUUUUUUGAUUGAAAAGUCCGAAGCAUUUGUUUCCUUUAAGAACUAUAAAGCUAGGGUUGAAAAGGAAACUGGGAUGUUCAUUAGAAGUCUUCGCACUGAUCGUGGAGUCAAUGGGAUUCAAAGACAAUUGACGGCUGCGUACACUCCCCAACAAAAUGGGGUGGCGGAAAGGAAAAAUUGA